CCGGCGCUGACGCGCUGACGCGGCGGCUGCGCGGGGCGACAUGGCGGAGCGGCGGCGCUCGGUGCUGCGGGACGGGGUGCGGAUCUUCACCCUCUGCCUGUGCUGGUACACGGUCAGCUCCGGCGGCAACGUCGUCAACAAGAUGAUCCUCAACGGCUUCCCCUACCCGGUCACCGUGUCGCUGUUCCACAUCCUCGCCAUCUGCGUCUUCAUGCCGCCGCUGAUCCGCGCCUGGAACAUCCCGCCCGCCGCCGAGCUGCCGCCGCGCUACUUCCUGCGCCUCGUCCUGCCGCUCGCCUUCGGCAAGUACUUCGCCUCGGUGUCGGCCCACAUCAGCAUCUGGAAAGUACCCGUGUCGUACGCGCACACAGUUAAGGCCACCAUGCCUAUUUGGGUGGUGUUUCUCUCCCGUAUCAUCAUGAAGGAGAAGCAAACUAUGAAGGUCUACAUAUCACUUAUCCCCAUCAUAUCUGGAGUUUUCUUGGCCACGGUGACUGAACUCUCCUUCGACAUUUGGGGACUAAUUAGUGCACUUGCUGCCACACUCUGCUUCUCUCUUCAGAACAUCUUCUCUAAGAAGGUGCUGAGGGAUACACGGAUGCAUCACCUCCGACUUCUCUAUAUCCUUGGAUGUUAUGCUGUCGUCUUUAUGAUUCCAACUUGGAUCCUUGUCGAUCUUUCUGCAUUUUUUGUUAACAGCUCAGUAACAGAUACCUCGCACUGGCACUGGAUACUCAUAUUACUGAUCAUCAGUGGUUUUUGUAACUUUGCUCAGAACAUGGUUGCCUUCAGUAUCCUGAACCUCAUCAGCCCACUUAGCUACUCUGUGGCCAAUGCUACCAAGAGGAUCAUGGUGAUUACAGUGUCUCUCCUCAUGCUGCAAAACCCAGUUACUGCCACCAACAUCAUGGGGAUGAUGACUGCUAUUGUCGGCGUGUUUGCCUAUAACAAGGCUAAAUAUGAUGCCAAUCAAGAGGCCAAGAGGAAGUUGCUCCCAGUAACUUCAGGGGACCUUGUUUCUCUUAAUCGGCACCAAGAACCGUCUGCUGAGCAGAAGGUGCAGCUAAAUGGGACUGCACUGUACCCACAGCACUCUGAGUACCAGUACGGACGGACUGGCCUGCUGACAGAACAGUCACAGUACAACCGGCAGAGCAACAUUGGAACCACCUAUGUAUCCAAUCGAUUCGAUAUCUAGGCUUGUGAACAGAAGCAUCCAACUUCACUCUUAACUUAUUCUGUGCACUAUCGGAAACUCCUGGUUAGCCGAUAGAUUUUAUCAAGAGUCCUCAUCCGAGGUCCUAUCAUUUUAAUUUUCUGGUAAUGGAGAGAAGACUGUAAUUUAGACUUGAUGAAGAUCUGUUUCACAUGCUGUGUUGUUUUACUGUUUGUCCAGCAUUCACUCAACCCAGAUAUCAUGGGGAUUGAGGGCAGGAUGGUAGACCAGUGUGAAGUAAUUACUUCACAGUAAGCAGGGUUCUGCUUAGGUUGAGUCCCUGCCACAAAGCCAAUUUCUUAGAUGUUGGGCUGGUACAUGAAAGAUUGACAACCCUGCCCUUCCAACCCUCUGUUGUCUCUGCAUUACAGAGUAGUGUUUAAAUGAAAUACACUUGACCAAGUCUUCACAAAUAUUAGUGUAACAUCUAUGUCUAAUGAUGCAGUUUCUCACUUUUGGGGCGACUACCUAUUUGUCAAUCACAUUCUCUUUAUGUAGAUAAAUGAUUAUUUGAUUAUCAGUGAUUGGUGAAUUGGGAAGUAUUGAUCAAUUAGUUCCAGUGACUUCCAUGCUGUAUGUGUUGGGAGGAGGGAAGUUUUGACAUCGUAUUGUUGAGAUCUACCUCUGUAGCCUGCAUUGCCACCUCAGUACCCAGGCUGGUGUCUGUUAACCAUGGACUCCCUGAUAACCAGAUAUAAUUUGAUAAACUGCUGGUACUUACAGUAUAGAUGAGUUGAAGUCUGAUCAUACUAGCUCUAGACCUUAAUAAUCCACUUUAGCAUCCCAAGUUUCUGCAAGCAAGUUAAAUGAACAAACACCAUGGUGAUUGAACUGCAGAUCACAAACUGUGCCAUAUCCCCACAAUCAAAUCAUGACGGAUUAGCUGAGCUCUGAGCCAGAAAAUCAUGGGCUUAUGCCCACUCCAGAAAUUUGAGCAUUGAAUCUGAGCUACAUUUGGCUACAACACCAAGAGAGCUCAAAAGCAUAAAAGUUCUUUUUUGCAAGGCCCUGUAAUUUUGAUUGCUGAAUGUAAAGAGAACAACGCCCUGAUGCCUAGGCCAAUGUAUUUCUCAACCAAAGUUAACAGAAACAGAUUUUUGUAUCAGCUAUCUGACAGCUGUGUGUGGGACCUUGCUGUGUGCAAGUUAGUUAUUGUGAUUCAUGCAUCACAGCAGUAAUAAGUUUCAUAAAUAAUUGUGUGAAAAGUGUUUUGGGGGGCUUUGAAAAGGUACAAAGCACUGGAUGAAUGUAGGUCUUUUCUAUAUUCGGACAACCCAUUAAUCUUGUAAUAUUUAAAACUGUAGACAGUUGUAUUGGAAAAUGUUUACUUGUGUGGGUCAGUGAGGUGUCUGUCUACAAUUGCAGCUGGGAGCCAGUGUCCAUUCAUAAAAGGACGAGUGUGUGUGUGCAAGCUCCAGAAUGGGAACAAAUCUCUUUGAAAACUGAGAUAAAACAGAAGUUACAAGAACAACUGCAGAAGCAAGAUGCACACUAUUUUCAGUGUGUAUCUUCUUGUGAAUAGCAUACAUAUGGAACAGGAACCUUCUGUUUCUCUACAGAUGCAGACCUGCUCACUGUGUAUUUGCAGUAUUUCCUUAUAUUAAGCCUGUUCUGUGCUGUUCAUAUCCUCCCAAAAAUCUAAUUUUAUAUACUGUUCAUCUGCACCCAAGGAUUGGUUCUAAUAUGUUGUAGUCACAUAUUCCCAAAUGUUCAUCCAUUCUGGUUUGCUCUUUUGUGAAGCAAAAUCAUUAUUUAGUUACGGUCAAAAGGAAAUUGGCAGCAAAUCCUUUGUAACCAAAUAUGUAUCAGCUGACUAAGUUGCUGAUCUUGGAUUGACUUGUCAUGUGGCAGUUGGUUGUGACCAAAAAGAGACAUAAAUACUUUAAUGAGUGAUCAAUGGUCACACCAGUGUUACUAAAUAAAAGGGAAAUGUUUUCUGUACUUGCUCAUUAUACAAUAUUCUUGUGCUUGUUUCUUCUUCACUGGUUUGUAUUUGCUCUAUAUUUGAGAACAGUUUCCAGUUCCACUGUGCCUCACACUCUGUCACUGUCUUUCUUCCUUCCUGUUACAAUCUUUCUCUCACUGUCAGUCACUAUAAUUUUUUGACUGUUACUGUCUUACUUUGUCUCUGUCAUAUGUUGUAUCAUCUUAUAAUUGUAGCUGAUAAUAAUUUGUUCAUAGAUACUUUCUUGUUCCCCCAAUUACUGCAUUCCCUAUCCCAAACAGUUUAACCCCAGUACUGAAUAUUGGUAAUUACAGUGUAUGUGCAGUGCUCAUGUGCAUUCCUUAUAGGGGAGGGGCAUGAAACAUUGAUGUGUAACAAAAUUCUGAAUGUUAUAAAUGGAAAAGGUCUGUUUUUAUUUUUAUAAGUUAUUAGUUAAAACCCAGCUAGGCAACAAAUCUUGCACUCCACUUUUUUGUGCCCUGAAGUUUCAGUGUGGCUUCAGCAUUAACAAAGAUGGUGAGUAGCAUUGUGCAUCACCACAAUAAUUAAACCAAUUCCCUUUAUAAUAUGCUGAAUAAAUCUAAACUGAGGGGAUCAUCUGAAAUUAAAAUGUCCUGUUUAAGCCCGUUUCACACACCAUUUGCUGUAAUUCUUCCAAGCUGUAACUGAAAAUCUUAUUUUGUGUUACAUCUAAAAAGUAGCUAGCAUUUUGUGAGUUCUGUGAAACCAUUUUAUUGGUAAUUAAUUCCUAUUGUUGAACUCCACUCCUACUCCUAACCACUCCUUCCCUAGCUCGCAAAGGCUGUGCUCUUUGUUUAAACUAUGCAACUUAUUCCUUGAAGGGGAAGAAGUUUUUAAGAGGACAUUUCUGAAAUUGACUAAAUCCCAACUCUUCAAAAGAAUUCAAGUGAUUGUAAAGUACUUUGGAUCAUCCUCUUAUGAAAUACAUGAGAUGCUUUUAUCUAAUAGGUACAUGCAUAGUGCAGACUCAGGAUCCAUUGCAGCUGCAGAAUGUCUUUAGCUGUUACCAUGUAUUUGGUUUUGAUCUGGUGAUGCCCAUAUGUUCAUCUGCUUGCAGUUCAUGAUAGUGCAGCCUGUAUUGAAUGCUAUAGAGAAACACUCAUUUGAUCCAGUGACAUGAUCUCUGUUCCCAGUUUUAAAACAAGUAUACCUGAGUAUUGACACACAAAAGCUUGGCUUAGCUGGAAGCUGACCUGGACCAUAUCUUUAAAAUUGUUUAAAAAUCUGCUCAGCUCCAAGUGGUGGCUGCAUUGCUAACUAUAAAUAUAGCUGGAGUAUGUGGCUAUUCCAUAGUUCAUAUCCUGACAGUGGUUUAAUUUGGGCCACGUUUCCACAUUUUCUGCCUCCCUAGCAUUUAUUUAAUGUGUUGUGCAAUAUUUCUUUUGUAAAUACUGUAGACAUUUGGGAUUAAAUCUACCUCUCAGGGUUUAAUUGUGGGUAGUGCACUGGUUAUAUGCAGGUGUAAUUGUUUGAUAUUCCUUACAGUUGUGUCACUGGAAUAUCUGUAGAGCUGAUCUAGCUCUAAAAUUGGACAGAUUACUUGGAGUGGAGCUUCAUAUAUAAGAUGGGCAAUUCUGUAAUUACAAAUUAAUAUAGGAAAUCAGGGUUUUUUAAUUGAACUUGAAAGUAAUUGUGAAGUGUCAUGUAGUCAGUCAAGUGCAAAUGCACCAUGUUACCAGGUGUUAGGCAGACAUUUUCUGAAGCUGGAUAAUGGGAGUUCAAUAGCCUUAAGAGAGACAGGUACAUAUGGGAUGGAGAAUUAACAAGUAUAGGAAGUCUAGAAAUGUGGGGAUCUUAGUGGCUACAGGGAAAGGAGUAUGGGCUACUUGCGAAUUUGGAGAGAAUAAAGAACAAAGGAGUUUAGGGGUACAUGGGUUUAGGGUUCUACGUAAGAAGUUCAUUCCAAGAAGGUUUGAAUCAGAUGUGGUGCCAUUUACUCAUUUUCUUGCUCCUAUCUAGAGAUUCACCUUUUCAUCAAAUAACAUUAACACAAGAAUUGAUCCCCUUAUGCAUAUCACCCAUCCUUUGAGGAAAUUUUUAUCUUUUUAUUCUUUUAAAGAGGGAGUGUUCCUGUGCAAUUCAUUGCUGCUCAAAAUUUUACUUUUCUCCAUUAAUAUAAGCAAUGGUAAAUGUGUUUGUAUCUUUCCUUUGACACAAUGAAAAUUAUGCUUAAUCUAAUGUGAAUUAUGGAACUAAGUAAAUUUUCUCCUGGACCUGGUUUAGACUCAAAGCAUUAGGCUAAUUUCUAAUGAAGUUAAAUUAUAUGAAGGUUUUGGGGGAAAUCGGUGAUUUCUUUGUUUUUUGUUUUACUGGCAGUGGUGUGGUUUUUACAUCAAAAUGUUUAUUCAGAACAAUAACAUAGGCAUUCGAUAGAAGGUUGGUACUAUAGAAACAAAGCCUGAAGUCACUGCUUAAGGGUACCAGAAUUUUCUGACCUGCAGAGUUCUUUCUCUGGUGGGAUGUGUCCAUUCUUCUCUGGCCAUAUCGUACCCAUCUUCAUUCCUACAUUUUGGUCCUCGAACUAAUUGCCUGCAUUGGCAGGCAAAGUACGAUUAGCCAUGAAAGUGUUGAAUGUCUCACCCUGAAAGGCAAUUGGCUUGGGAUUCAAUGAGAUACAUGUAUGAUUUAAUUCUCCACUGCAAACUGAUCACUGACCUCAUUGUUGCUUGCUCCGAAUGCAACUGACUAGUGCAACCAAUCUGAAACUAAAUAUUGUUAGGAUAUUCCCUUUUUUAAUUCUGUGUUUAGCUUUUGAUCUUACUGUGAUAGAUGUAGUUUGUAUUAGAAUUUUUGUGUGAUUUAAUAUAGACACUUCAGGUUCUAUGUAUUACUACAGGUUUCCUGACACUUGUAUUGUUUCUCAAGCUCAGUGGCUGGAAGGCCUUGAAGGUGAAUGUGUGUGUGUGUGUGUGUGUGCGCGCCAAUGCUCACUGGUGUAUCAUGUCUGCUUACAGACUUUUUAACUUAACAAGUGUUAAUGGAACAAAAUGUGAUAAUUAAUAAAGUGAAAAGAGAAGCUG